GUGAAAUCGUCUUCUUUAGACGCGUCCUGCAUGUUAAAGAUGGCGGAUGAACAUCAAAACACAAAAAGCAAAAAAGCAAUGACUUGGACAAAUGAACAUAAUGAAAUUCUAGUUCGUGAAAUGUAUUUAUUCCAACCAUGGAACUUCAAAAAAGGAUCACAGCAACGAGGUAAUGCAUGGGAAAUCAGUGAUUCCUUAAAUGAUAUGGAUAGCCCAAGGUUUAACGUGACGCAAAAGUCUGUUCGAGACCACUACACUUUACUUCAAAAACAACAAAAGAAAAGAUUAAGAGAGGAGGAAAAAGCUUCUGGGAUCUCUCCAGAGCCAUCUGCAGUAGAAACUUCCAUUGAGGAAAUUAUUCAAUUGUUCAGAAAUAGAGAUGAAGAAGAGAAAAUUUUAGAAGAGAAACAAAAACAAAACUCUGUUGCAGAAGUAGAAAAGGCUGUGGAAAUUAGACAACAGUCAAUGGAAACAUUAGCUGAAACUUACAAAAGAAAAUCUCAAAGUAAAGAUGGUGAAAAACCUAAAAGAAGAAUGUCAUCCAAUGGAAGUGAAAUCAUUGCCUAUUUACAACAAAAGUCAAGAGUUUAUGCAGAACUUAAAAGAGAAGAAUUGAUGUUGAAAAAAGCUGAAGCUGAUGAAAGAAAACAACAACAAAACAACAUCAUUUCUCAACAGGAAGCUCUCACUAAAGCCUUAACUGACAGCAUUGCUGCUCAGCAAAGGCAGCAAGAGCAACUAAUGCAUCAACUGCAAUUUCAAAACACUGCUUUACUAACAUUGAUGCAGAAUAUUGUUAAAAAAGACUGA